UUAUCUAUUCAUCUCUUCCAGGUCUUAAGGUAGAGCACUGCCCGAGAGAACCCUUUCGGAUUUGAAAUGGAGCCUUAGCUUCAGCUGUUUGCUGGAACUCCUCCAAACGACUGCAGCGUUUUACCACUUGGAUCUGAUGGAAACCCGUACAUUGGAUUCAAUUUGAAGCACAGGCACCGCUGAACACAGAGAGGAGUCAUUCUUCAUAAGAGGAGAUAUAACAUUUUCUUUUGACGCUUCUGGGAUUUUUGUAAAAGCCAAAAAACUUUUCUACUUUGGAACUAAUAGAAAAGUUGGUUAAAUACCACUGGAAUACAAGCGGGUGUUCGCCAUGGGAGACGGGACAACAAUGAACUACAGGGUCCACAGAAGGAUCCUGGAUGAAGGGGCUGUGGAGGAGAUGGGAGAGAAGUCCGACUUACACACACCUCUUUCUGAGAAGGUUAAAACGUCAAUGAGGUGUUCUGGUCCACGCCUGAAGAGCUUCCUGCUGAGUAGUAUCCCUGUCUUAUCAUGGCUGCCUCGUUACCCCAUCCGAGAAAACGCCAUUGGUGACCUGAUCUCUGGGCUCAGUGUGGGGAUCAUGCAGCUGCCACAGGGUAUGGCCUAUGCUUUGCUGGCAUCUGUUCCUCCAGUCUUUGGCCUUUACUCCUCCUUCUACCCCGUCCUCAUCUACUUCAUCUUCGGCACAUCCAAGCACAUCUCAAUAGGAACAUUUGCAGUUAUUAGCGUGAUGAUAGGAGGAGUGACAGAUCGAUUAGCCCCGGACUCAGACUUUAUGAUAUGGGACAAUGUGUCAAACUCCAGCAUAGUUGACACCAUGUCUCGGGACGCAAUGAGAGUCCAAGUGGCUGCAGCUGUCACCUUCCUAACUGGAAUAUUUCAGAUAUUGCUCGGUCUGGUCCAGUUUGGUUUUGUUGUGACGUACCUGUCUGAGCCUCUGGUCCGAGGUUACACCACUGGGGCUGCCAUCCACGUCAUUGUGUCCCAACUCAAAUACACCUUCGGCAUCAACCCUGUGAGAUACAGCGGACCCUUGGCAUUGAUAUAUACGGUGCUAGAGUUGUGUUAUCUCAUUCCACAAACAAAUAUUGGUACUCUGGUGGUUAGUGUUGUCACCAUAGUCUGCCUUAUUGGGGCUAAGGAGCUCAAUGCAUACUUGGGUAAAAAAAUACCUGUUCCUAUACCUGUGGAGCUGCUCGCUGUCGUUAUUGGUACAGUCGUCUCCUGGCAGGUGAACUUGGAGGAGAAAUAUGGAGUGGAUGUGGUGGGACUCAUUCCCUCAGGUCUCCAGCCCCCGGUUCUCCCAAACGUGUCUCUGUUUGGUCAGGUGAUAGGGGACGCCUUCGCUCUGUCUGUGGUUGGCUAUGGCAUUGCCAUCUCACUGGGACGAAUUUUUGCAAUAAAAUAUGGAUACAAGGUGGACAGCAACCAGGAACUUAUCGCCCUGGGUCUGAGUAACUCUAUCGGAGGAAUGUUCCAGUGUAUCACAGUCAGCUGCUCCAUGUCUCGCAGCAUGGUUCAAGAGAGCACGGGAGGGAAAUCUCAGGUUGCUGGAGCUCUAUCUGCAAUUGUUAUCCUUGUUAUCGUGCUUUGGAUUGGAGCUCUCUUUGAGGAGCUGCCCAAGGCAGUGCUGGCUGCCAUCAUCUACGUCAACCUCCAUGGCAUGAUAAAGCAAUUCCUGGACAUCCCUGUACUGUGGAGAAAAAACAGAGUUGAUGCGGUCAUCUGGGUGGCCACCUUCAUCCUCACCGUGUUGUUGAACCCUGACAUUGGACUAGCUGCUAGCAUCGGCUUCUCCAUGCUCACCGUCAUCUUCAGGACACAGCUCCCUAAGUAUUCCCUGCUGGGCCAGGUCCCAGGCACUGACAUUUACAGGCCACUGGAGGAGUACAACCAGGUGAAGCAGGUGCCAGGGAUUUUAAUCUUCCGUUCCUCUGCUACUCUCUACUUCGCUAAUGCUGAGAUGUAUCAAGAUGCCCUGGGGAAGAAGUCUGAAAUUGAUAUUGCCAAGAUCCUGUCAGCAAAGAAGAAACUUGAGGCCAAAAGGAAGAGGAUUGAGAAGGCAAAUGCAAAGAAAGCCAAGAAGAACGGAACAAAUAUGGAGCCAGAGCAGGUGGACAUUGCUGUCAUUGAGACAGAAACUGCGUGCGAUCCGUCACACCCACGAUGCAUCAUUCUUGACCUCAGCCCUGUCAACUUCCUGGAUACUGUUGGAAUCAAGGCGCUACGAAAUAUCCAGAAAGACUACAGCGAAAUUGGUAUCGAUGUGGUUCUUGCUGGCUGCCAAACUGGCGUGGUGGACAACCUUCAGACCGGAGAAUUCUUCAAAGACAAUGUGACAAAGUCCUGCCUGUUCUCCACCAUCCAUGAUGCCGUUUUGUACUAUCAGUCGGACAGAAAGAAGGAAGAGGAGAACAUAAUGACAGAGUUCUGAGUCCUGAGAGGAAAGAUGGAGGACAGUAUCUGUAGUGACGCUGAUUUUAUCCUCUGAGCUUCAAAUAACUGGGACUUCUGUCUGUCACAAGCACAGACACACAAAUCUGCAUACCUGCACAUGCACAUGCAGCCAGGCACGUAUGCUGGCAUACGCUGUAACUAUGUGGGCAAAGCAACAAAGUGCCAAUAGAUGACCAAAGAAUACACAUGUGAAGUCACACAGCAAUUGUCCAGUCUAGAUGAGAAUACAAAUAAAAGCAGUAACACAAAUACACUUGUAGAUACAGCAUAUUAUGCAUUUUGACAUUCUUCUGUGUCUUGUUGGCCAGCUUUUUUAAAUGAAUUGAUAAGUUUGACAUUUAAUCGUUAAUGAUGUGCAUUAAUCAUCUAUUUAUGAAAAUAUGAUGAAAGCAUUGGUGGGGAGAUGCAUAAACCUGAAUAGGGCAAUACUACAAUUUUUGUAAUAAUGCUAUUUUGUAAUGGCUUGCUUUGCUAAUUUAUUAACUUUUACUGGAAUUUUAUGACUGUGGGAACCCAGAUACAAAAGCAUGUUUAAACAACUUGCUGAUGACCCUUGACCAUUAGUGACUUUGUUUGUAAGAUUGUGAUAAUGCUGGAAUAAAACAUUUAUUGGUAUUAAGGACCGUAUAAAGAUG